UUCAUCCGGAAGAGUUAUAAAGAAAUGUUAAUGCACUUGUAAGUCAUUUGUUCGGCCGGAUGUCAGAAUCGACUCGGUUGUCGUGCCAGAUUUUGCCCGCACACUUCAGACAUCAAUUCUUGUAUCUCGGGGAACUGUACAUCGCUCUGUUACUCUCGUUUGUACCCUUCCAACUGUAAUCCCACUAUCCGGUGUCGAGGAAGGACGCUUCCGAUUUUUCAGGCUCAAGGUUGCUUCGUAAAAGUUCUUUUUUUUUCUUUUCUUUUCUCUGAGAACUUCUCAGGUGUUCUCAAAAUUUGCAUUCUGGCCAUUCUGACUGUUUUCAUACGGAUUUUAAUUUAUUUAUUUCUUUUAAAUGCAUGUAAAACAAAUGUAAUUAAAUUCAAAUCGUAGUACUCAAAUCGUAUGUAUUCGGUAAUGAUUUAAUUUACUGUAUGUAUAAACUUAACAAGCGCUUUCUCUUUAAAACUAGAUUUAAAACUCAUUUUUGUUUCAAUUCACAUGCUUUUUCGUCCUUUUUUGUUUUUUUUUUUAAAUAAAAGAUUUUUUUUUGUUUCUCUGAUUCUUUGGUACGACUAUCGGACGUGUUUAAUGAUAUAAAUAAUAAAUUUAUAAAUCGGCUUUAAAUGUAUAUCGAGUCGAAGCCCCUAUCACUUAGACUCAGUUUUUACUUCGUAUACAUCAUCAAAUCCAUUUUAAAUGAGAAAAAUAUUAUAUUGGGGGCGGGCGCUCUGUAUGAAGCUCUAGAUGAAACAUUCAAAGGUUUACCAGGCAGGUCAUCACCUGCUGUAAAAUAAUGGGCGCCUUUACUUUUUCCAACUCAGGAGACUGCUUUCUUCUUGUUUUUAAAUCUGCUCUUUCCUCACACGCUAUCGAAUGAUCUUCCAAAUAAACACUGCUCUUCGGUUUUUAUUGUCUGUAGAUGAUGUGAUCGGCGGUAUAUUUUUGUUUUGUUCUUCUCAGCCAUGGAGAGUGCCUUACCUGAGAAGAGGUGUGAUGAAGAUGGCAAAGCCUCUCGGCAGCAAGAGGAGCUUUCCGCACCGAUGGAAGAGAAGUCGCAGGGUGAACCGGAGCAUGCGGGAGUGCCGGGGAAGGAGAACGGAACUGAGGAAGAGCGAGAGAAGGAAGGAGCUGAGCAGGAGGACGAGGAAGAUGGAGAGUCCUGUGCCAACUCUACAACACAUACCGAAUCGAACACCGGCCAUAUGAAUGGGGACGCGGACACGGCUGCCUCGAACGCGUCCCCUAAAACCCCCGGCAGAUCUCCCUCUGCUAAUCGCACCGGCAGGAGGAACCAGGAAGUGAAAGAUCGCUCGACCUUCAUCUGCCCCCUGUGUGAUAAGAACUGCCAGACGCAGCAUCAUCUCACUAUGCAUAUACGACAGCAUAAUACAGAGAUCGGGGGGAACGACCACUCGUGCAGCAUCUGUGGAAAGGCGUUGAGCUCGGCUAGUUCUCUGGAUCGCCACAUGCUGGUCCACAGCGGAGAGAGACCCUACAAGUGCUCGGUGUGUGGUCAGACUUUCACCACCAACGGAAACAUGCACAGGCACAUGAAAAUUCAUGACAAGGGCCCAAACGGUGUCCCAGCCUCGCGUCCCAUUUCCCCAAGCAAGCGCCGCAAACCCCCCAAGAGGAAACUAAGUACAGAGGAUGAUGGAGAGAAAACCAAUGAACCACCCAGUAAAAAGGUAUUUGUAGUGCACGAAUCAGGGGAGCAGAGCCCUGCCAAGCGUGAAGAAGACCUGUUGCACUGUCCGAUCUGUUUCAAGACAUUCAUCUGUAAAUAUGGUCUGGAGUCACACAUGGAGACGCAUCCUGACACUGCACUCAGGUGUAACCUGUGUUGUAUCACUUUCCGUACCCAUCGAGGUCUCCUUCGUCAUAAUUCCGUUAUUCAUAAGCAGCUGCCCACAGAUCCCAACGGACGACCGUUUAUCCAGAGCAACCCUUCGAUACCCCUUGGCUUCAGCGAUCUGUCCUUCAUUGACUUUUCUUGCAGCAAGUUCCCCCAAAUUGCACAGGUCUGGUGCGAGACAAAUUUGCGACGUUGCGCUAGCAAAUUCCAUAGGUUUAUUUGCGAUGUAUGCAACAAGGCCUUUCCUCUUCAAGUGUCUCUGGAUCUCCACAUAAUCUCUCAUAAAGACAAUGACGCCGAACCCCGGAAACAGGAAGAUGACACUAUUUCAGAUACAGCCAAAGAUUCUGGAGAUUCCAAAGAGAUUCCAAAGAGAAUUGGAUCAGCACCGCUGGAGGCCAGCGUAACUUUAAAUGGGAAGAAAGAUUUCAUGGAGUGCCUUGGUCUUCAGCAUUCUUCACUCGCUAAGCCUGAGCAGACUGCGGAGGAGAAACAGCAAGAAAUUUUAGACAGCAUUCGUUUUAUUCGCGUUGAGCCCUCUGCAACAAAUCUACCUCAAGAAACCAAUAGUAAUCUUGGCCUCUGUCUUCUAGAUCCUCUCUCUCUUCAAGGCUUGAACAAGGGCAAUGGUCUGAGCCUUCUUUCUCUGCAGCCGCUUCAGGGUGGUUUGGUUGUCCGGCCUGUCAGUCAAACAGGAGUAGAACUUGCUGACAUCCAGCAAAUCCUGAAGAUGGCUGCCGCUAUGCCAUCUCAGAUGACUUUGCCACUGCUCCCGAAAGGUCCAGAAAGUCCUCUGCAGGCAGAACCCAAACAAAUGACUCCUCUCAAACCCAAGCCGCUGGUGACGCCUCGAUCCAGCAUGGGAACUUCCACACCACCUCCUCCUGUCAUGAAUGCCCAGCAAGCCUCUUCAGGUUGCAUCAGCCCCAGCUUGCCACCCCCAACAGCCCAACUUCUAAUUUCCAAACAGUCCCCAAACACCCCUUCUUCCUCGACGUCUUCCUCGCCUACAAAUUGGGAGAACGCACAUCUAGUAGGAGACGGCACAGGGGCAACAAUCAUGACUGCUGGGGAUAUUAAGCAAGAAGAUGUCCAAGGUAAAGAAAAGGAUAUAAGAACCUCAGGUGGCAAAAAGAUCUCAAAGACAGAAUAUCCGUGUCGGUUCUGUACACAGGUGUUCUCCUUCCCAGGAGGCCUCCAGGCUCAUAUGAGGGCUCAUCACUAUGGAGCUUCUCCAUACAAGUGUAGCAUUUGCACCUACACUGCUCCGGAUAACGCCACGUUAAUGCGGCAUUUACGAACACACAGCGGUGAACGUCCUUAUGUCUGCCGCCUUUGUCACUACCCGUUCACAGUCAAGGCCAACUGUGAGCGUCAUUUGCGGAAGAAGCACAUGAAAAACACUCGAAAAGAGAUCGAGAAAAACAUCGAGUACAUUACCCCAUCCUCGAGUGCAAGCGGUUUAGUUGGUGGUACGACACCGGACCUUGUGGAUUCAGUUAAUAACGGUAACACAGUUUGUCGCUACUGUGGAGAGGAUCUGAAGACCUACAGAGCUCUACAGAUUCAUCUCCGAACUCUCAAUGGCUGUCAGAGGAAACCAUUUGAAUGCCGCCAGUGCGGAGCAGCCUUUCUUGCAAAAAGGAAUUGUAUCCAUCACUUGCUUAAGCAACACUCAGAAGUGCAAGAGAGGGAAAUUGAAGAUCAUAUAAACACUCUUGUACCUGUCACAGCUCCUUCUUCUGUCCAGACAAACUCUCCUGCCCAGUCUCAGUCAGGUAAACAGAACCUUAGUACCUUCUCUGAAGCUGCCGUUCAAGACCAGCCCUUGGAUUUCUCCAGCAAAACUUUGAAAAUUAUUCAUUCUGAUAUAAAACCAGAGGCAGCUUCUCCCUCUUUGUCAGAAGACUGCUCCAUGGAGCCUAUCGACCUGUCUAUUCGCAAGGAACCGGAAGGAAAGAAAAUAAAGACAGAACAAGUUGAUACGACUUCAGUGUAUAGCCAGGAGGUCAAAAAAGAGCUUCCUUCCCCAAGUACAGCCAGGUUUUUAGGAAAGGUCUCGGGUGUCCAUGCAUCCCUUCCAGCAUCCAUGCCUAGCCUUGCCUCUACUCUGGCAAGUGAUAUGACCAAGCCCCCCAUACGCCUAAAGCCACUGUUGCCGAAACCAGUUGCUGCCUCCAGCACUUCAGAGAUGCCACCUCUGGCCUCCAUUGCCCAAAUCAUCUCCUCCGUGUCUGCUGCCCCAGUGCUGCUCAAAACAGGAAUAAACUCUGAGAAAAGCGAUGGAGCGAUGGGUGGUGAAACACUAAUUGAUAAAAAGUGUUCCAACGGUGUUGCUAGUCCUGGGUCUUCUUUCAGUUGUCCUUCCCUUGAUGCAUCAAAAAGAAGAGGCAAGAAGAGGCCGUUCAAGGACGAGAUCCGUGAUUCUACACAUGCAUCCAUCAGUGGGUUUGACUUGGAGUCUAGUGGAGAGUUACCAAGUGUGGAGAAAAUGCUGGCCACUACUGAUUCCAAUAAAUUUAGCUCCUUCUUACAGCUGAGGCAAAUGGAGCCAGAAAAGGAGAAACAAUCUGCGAGUGAAGAGGAGAAGGAAGGAAAGGAAGACAAAGAGAAGGUUCGACCACAAAGCAAAGGGAAGAAGAACGCGUACUCGAACUCGGUGCAGAAGAUGAAAUGUCCAUACUGUCCUCGGGUGUUCCCUUGGACCAGCUCUUUACAGAGGCACAUGCUAACACAUACAGGCCAAAAGCCGUUCCCUUGUCCUGAGUGUGAUGCAUUCUUCUCCACGAAGUCCAACUGCGAGCGCCACCUUCUUCGUAAGCAUGGCAUGUCCAAUCGCAACACACUGCAGAAGACUGGGUCACACCCAAAAACCAAGGCCGACGAAGGGUCACAGGGAAGUACAGAGGGUGUUUCUGAUGCUGAGCCUGCUGUUGUGGUAGAUGCUAUUGAUCCCAAAAAAGAGGACAAAACCACAACAAAUGACAUGGACUUGAUAGAGCAGGCUAAAGACAUAGCCACAGAAUCACCAGAGUCGAGGAACGAUCUAGAGAGCUCACAAUCCGUUGAGAACGUUCACACGGACACGGACGACAGUGAGAACGAUGAUGACUCUCAGAGCAACAAGAGCCUUGAUAUGAACGUUGCCAGCAAACCAACAGAACUCAAACUCGCAGAAACGCAGCAAGAGCAGCCCAAGGCUGCAGAACCUGCAGUGGAACCAGAGGGUCCACCAUCAGAGGAAUUUCCUCACACAUGUAGUACCUGCAAAAAGACCUUCCGGCAUGCGGCCACCCUCAGCCGGCACCAGAAGAUUCAUUUGCAGGCCAGUCAGAAUGAAGAUGCAGGAAGGAAAGGAAGAAAUCAGCCUGCGGUAUCCAGUCAAUCUCUUGACACCAGCACCUCGCCAAUAAAGGAAGCUGAGCAGGACACGGGUGCGGCUGAGAAAGAGGAGAACAGCAGCGUUGUGGAAAGUGGUGCCGAGGACGAGGAGAAGGAAGGACAGAAAGAGGAAAGAAACGAAGAGGAAGAGGGUGGUUCUUCAGAGCUCGAAUCACCAGGAGGUAGACCUGACAAGAGGAAGAAGAUCUGCAAUGUGUGCGGCAAACGUUUUUGGAGCCUACAAGACUUGACCAGACAUAUGCGUUCACAUACUGGAGAAAGACCUUAUCAGUGCCAAACAUGUGACCGGACUUUCACUCUGAAACACAGCCUGGUGAGGCAUCAGCGUAUACACCAGAAAACCCCAGACGACCGAGGAGCAGAUGAGGCUGAUGGAGCAAGAGACGAUAGUGCUAUGGAUGGGGACGAUCUACGGUGUUCUUCUGGAAGUGACAGUGAGACUGCUCCUGCCGAGAACGAGACGUCCAAGACUGAGAACGGCAAAAAAGCAGAGGAAUCCCUAGAGAUGGUGGAUGAUCCUGGGGUCAAAGAAGAGGAAGCAGCCACGGCAGAAGCUUCCAGAGAAGUUCAAACGAACGAGCUUGAUGAAUUGGAUACUAAGGCCCCAGAACCCAAAGAUGCAGCAGAUCCCAGUCUGAAGGAUGACUAUGGAGCUGCAGACAAGCCCGUUGUCUGAGACUUGUCGAUUCUGUUAAUCCUGUGCCAUACUUCCAUGAUCUUACACAAACACUAAAAGACGAUGCGAGACGAAUCGGACGUCUUCAUGCAGACGUUGUAAUGCGUGCAAAAUGCAAAACUGGAAACUUUCUCUCAAUGCCUUAAUGAUUCUUUCGUUCCCCCAGAGAUUUGGAUCCACUGCACAGUAUCAUUUUUAAUCAAAUGUAUAUGAUUGUGUGUUUUUUAAUUAAUUCUAUAAUCCUUAUAUCAGAAUAAAUUAGUGUUUUGUAUGAUAAAUCGAUGAUUUA